AUGGCCGAAGGAAAGAUCCCUCCAGAGGUCAAAUUUUCUGGUGCCUCAAACUGGGAGCAGGCAAUGUUACUGAUAAACGGUACAAAAACUCUGGAGUAUUAUAUUGAACAGUGUUUAACAUCUGGUCGAAUGGAAAUUACUAUUCUUCUCAGUGGCAAAACGGGUGCCGGGAAGUCGCAUUUGGUAAAUGCGCUUACUGGCCAAAAUCUUGCAAAAGAAGGCAAUACCCUUGACCCAGAAACCUUUGAGGUAAGUUAUGAAUUCGAACCAGAACUCCGAAAAAAGGAUCACGCUGGCACUAAAAGAUCGGGAGCCAUGUGUUAAGUAAUUAUUACCGCCGCCUUCAGCACUUUACGCUAUUGUACGCUAAGUCAGCCAAAAAGUACUACUAAAUUUUUGCUCAGUGUUAUUAACCGGGGAAUUGAAAGUAAUAUUUCCGCAUUAUUUAUAGGGAACUCGCUAUCUCUCAGACAUAACUGCGGGAUGUCUUUUAUACUCUUUUCCUCGUCCGAGCCGAACAAACUUUAUUUCGUGUACUUUAUUAAUUUGCUUCACCUUCACUUUCCUGUCCCUAGAUCAGGGGCACGCAACGUCAGUUUUUGAGAUCUAGAAUUUUCGGAACAUUUGUUGUAAAAUUUCUUGCUUGCCUGCCUCUCCUGGAAUUUUCGAAAAUCUAAAAAAAUGGUAUAAUGUCCCAUUUUUAACGGAUUUUUACCCUAAAAAGGUCACCUAGAAUUUUCAGGAGCCUUUCUUCUAGCUGAAAUUUUCGAAAAGCUAAGUUUUGACCCCUAUAAUUUUCGGAUCACUAAACUUCCAGCUAAGAAAUCCGAACAAAUGAAAAAUUUUUAGGGGAUGAAAAUAUGCCUAUAUCUAACGUUUAAAUACUAAAAUACGUUGAAAAAUGCUAUGUUUAAGUGGUUUUGAACUAUAUUCUCGUUGGGUGCCCCUGCUAGAUGUGACGUUCGCAAUGUUUUUUUUUUUUUUUUUUUUCAGGUAACACCUUACCAUUUUACCGUCAACGACGUGCAAAUUACAGUGUUUGACACUCCAGGACUGGCGGAUGGUACCGGCAAUGAGGAAGAGUAUCUGCGAAAAAUCAAAGAAAGGGUAACUGAUCCUUUCGACGUGUUCAUUUUCUGCACAGAGAUGAACAGCCGACGAUUCCGUAAUGACGACAUCAAAACCGUGGAGAAGUUGACGGCAACGUUUGGUACUCAGCUAUGGGAACACGCCAUCGUGGCUCUGACGUUUGCCAAUGAAGUGCUUCACCCAAACAAGGACGCCACCCAAGAAGAGCGCAUAAGUCUCUUCAAUGAGCGAAUGCGAUGUUUCAAGAAGACAAUACAAGAUGUCCUACUAAAAGUCGGGGUGGCCGAAAAAUCAGUCAUCAAUGUGCCAUUUGUUGCAACUGGAGAUCUGUGCGAGCCAUGUUUACCUGGCAUUACCAACUGGCAGACGGCAUUUUGGAUCGCAACUUUCAAACGCCUUGACAAAAGUGCCAGGUUCCCUUUUCUUAUUUUAAACAAGGAUCGCUUAAAAAUCUCUUCCGCUGAGCCGGACGUCCAAGUAAAAGAGCGUCCUCUUCGAAGAAACCUGCCACCCCAAGAGGCAGAAGGGACUCCACAGCGAAGGCAACGUAGAAGCUUUCAUGGGUUCGAACUUGUGAACCGAGAGCAGGACAGCGGCUACGAACCUGACAGUGACGCGGACACCGAAUUUCGAACAAAAAGCCGUACCUUGCCAGUAAAAACGUCCAAGAUACCACCAAAAACAAAGCCUAAACCAAAGAAAGAAAAGAUGCAACGGGAUACUUCCACCAUCGACAUAGACGAGGAAGCUGCCGCUGUAGUGGUACUGGAAUUUAUAAGCGACGUGGGUGAAGGAGCUAGCAAGUUAGCCGGAGAGUAUAUUCACCCAGGAGCUGGAAAUGCAUUCCAGGCUGCAUUUAGAUGGAUAAUGAGACUGAUAAAAUUUUUAUGGCAGCGACAGUCUUCAAAGGAAGAUGCAAGAGAUGAAGAUGAAGAUGAAGGUGAAGAUGAAGAUGAAGUCGAUCAAGGAGAUGAUUGA